AUGUCAUGUGUGUAAUGACGGCAUUAUACGCGUGUUCUCCUUAAACACACACUGAUUGGGUGUGCUUGUGCUCGGAGAUCCGCUGUGGGGUCUGAAGCUGCAGAGAUGAGGAGAUGGCUCGUGUUGGCUCUGUUGGGUCUGGGAUGGAUGAACCUGACGGAGGCUCAGUUCCCCCGGGUCUGCUGUACCGUCGAGGGAAUCGUGUCUAAAGAGUGCUGUCCCGCGCUGGGAUCCGAGCCGGAGAACCGAUGUGGAGUUCUGUCGGGUCGGGGAAACUGCAGUGACGUUCCCAUCGACUCCCGACCGUGGGGAGGACCGUACCGGCUGAGGAACGUGGACGACCGGGAGAAGUGGCCAACCAAGUUCUUCAACCGGACCUGCCGAUGCUUCGGGAACUUCGCUGGCUUUAACUGUGGCGAGUGUAAGUUCGGCUGGACCGGGUCGGACUGUGAACAGCGUAAAGCUCCGGUUGUGAGGAAGGACAUUCUCUCUCUGAACGCCGACGAGCUCCAGGAGUUCCUCAGUGUUCUGGACCGGGCCAAGAGCACCGUUCACCCGGAGUACGUGAUCGCCACUCAACACUGGCUGGGUCUGCUGGGACCCAACGGCACCGAACCCCAGUUCAACAACAUCUCCAUAUACGACCUGUUCGUCUGGCAGCACUACUACUCCGUGCGGGACACACUGCUAGGUCCAGGACGCCCUUUCAAAGCCAUCGACUUUUCCCACAAGGGUCCGGCGUUUAUCACCUGGCACCGAUUCCAUCUGCUUAGCCUGGAGAGAGAACUACAGAAGCUGACGGGGAACGAGAACUUCGCCGUGCCGUACUGGAAGUUUGCGACGGGUCGUCAGGAGUGUGACGUGUGCACAGACGCUCUGCUGGGAGGACCACACCCCGAGGACCCGUCCCGGAUCAGCCCCGGAUCCCGCUUCUCACGCUGGCCUGUGGUGUGCGACAGUCUGGAUGAGUAUAACCGUCUGGUGACCCUGUGCAACGGCACUAGCGAGGGAACACUACGCAGGGGACUCACACAGGGCACGAAUGUGACUCUCCCAACCAUGAGUGACGUGCGAAGCUGCCUGAACCUGCGAGAGUUCGACAGCCCACCGUACUUCACCAACUCCAGCUUCAGCUUCAGGAACGCUCUGGAGGGAUUCGACCGGCCCGACGGUGAACUGGACUCUUCGGUCUCGAACCUUCAUAACCUCGUGCAUCAGUUCCUCAGCGGGACCAGCGCUCAGUCCCACUCCGCUGCCAACGACCCCGUAUUCCUGGUGCUGCACUCCUUCACCGACGCCAUCUUCGAGGAGUGGAUGCGGCGCUCGCGGGAGAACGGCAGCUUCCCGGACGAGAUGGCCCCGAUCGGACACAACCGCCACUACAACAUGGUGCCCUUCUUCCCGCCCGUCACCAACGAGGAGAUCUACGUGGCGGCGGAGCAGCUGGGCUAUGCCUACGCCAUCGACCUGGAAGACACAGACAGUGGACCUGCAGUGGUCGUGUUGGGUUGUUCACUGGGAGGAAUCUUCCUCGGACUUCUUCUUCUGCUUCUGUACGUCCAGCGGAGGAGAAAACGCCAGUUCCAGCCGCUCCUCAGCGCCGAGUUCAGCAACACCAAAUACACUGAGGAGGCUUAACACACACACACACACACACACACACACACACACACACGUGUCCAAACACUGGGUUUGGAACAGAUGCGGUGAAUUAACCACUCGAAGAUUAUGAUAAACCCCUUCAGUGAAUCACAGCCUGUUCUGAAUUGAAAAUCUCACUGACCCCAAACUUUCGAACAAUAGCAUGAAUCUUUGAUUAAUCAAAAAAGAAAAUAGUGAAAAAUCAGAAAUGAAACUGUGUUUCAUGUUUUUAAAUAAAAGUUUAAUUGUUAACUUUACUGUAUGUGUAAUUUUCAUAACUCUACAUUACAGAUUGAUUUUCGCUUUAUUAUGGUACAGGUAAUGUUUAAGAGUUCAUAGAGAAAGGCAUUAAACUCUCGACAGUAGUUCAUUCGACUCGAGUCUGCAGUCAUGUGGUGUUUUAUGUAAAGAACAGAUUAAAACGAGUCAUGUGACGGUCAGAAGUUCAGCUCAGACUGAGAAAAACCCAAUCUCAGACAUCCGGCACAGCUCUCAAACUAAACAUCCAAAUGAUUCCUGCAAAUGAACUCCUGAACGCCGUCGAACAAUCACGCAGAUUCAAGAACGGCUUGUGCUUGACCCGAGUCCUGACGUCAUCGUCGAGUCAAAGAUCCGUGCUGACAUCGAUCACAAAGUCUUUUCACAAUAGUUUAAAUUAGCUUCUGGUAGCAAACCUUUACAAACAGCAACAGGCCAUCAUUUUUUUUACGAAGUUGAUGAAUUGAUGUUAAACAUCAGAUUUCCCCGUUGGUAUUUGAGCAUUUCAUAAUAAGAGUCACUCAAAACGACUCGGUAAAGCUACAGUUCUUAUACGACUUUUUGUUUUUAUGAUUAUUCUAGCAGAUUUUUUUGUUUGUUUGUUUUAACUGUGUCCUGAUUUCUUCAACAUCUUUAAGUAUUUUCUAUGUGCAGGUUUAGUCAACACUGUUUCCCCGUAUUAUAUAUAAAAUAAUAAAAACAAAGAGCAUUGCA